UCUUCCUCGCUGCCUCUGCCGCAGCCGAUCUGUCUGCCUAGGGGCGCUCCCACUCCUAGACUUUGUUCCUGUUUCCUUCGGCGCUGCUCGCCAAAGGCCCUGGUUGCCAUGGUGAAGGAGAAAGUGGCCCACCCUCAGGACCCUCACCACCCGUCAGAGAAGCCUGUCAUUCACUGCCAUAAAUGUGGGGAGCCGUGCAAGGGUGAAGUGCUUCGGGUCCAGACCAAACAUUUCCACAUCAAAUGUUUCACCUGCAAAGUGUGUGGCUGUGACCUGGCCCAAGGGGGCUUCUUCAUAAAGAACGGAGAGUAUCUCUGCACCCUGGACUACCAGAGGAUGUAUGGCACGCGCUGCCAUGGCUGCGGGGAGUUUGUGGAAGGAGAGGUGGUGACCGCCCUGGGCAAGACCUACCAUCCCAACUGCUUUGCUUGUACCAUCUGCAAGCGCCCGUUUCCACCCGGUGACCGAGUCACGUUCAAUGGGAGAGACUGCCUUUGCCAACUCUGUGCACAGCCGAUGUCUUCCAGCCCUAAAGAAGCCUCCUGCUCUGGCAAUUGUGCUGGCUGUGGACGAGAUAUCAAGAACGGGCAGGCGCUCCUGGCUCUGGAAAAGCAGUGGCACUUGGGUUGCUUUAAAUGCAAGGCCUGCGGGAAGGUCCUCACCGGGGAGUACAUCAGCAAGGAUGGCACUCCGUAUUGCGAAAAGGACUACCAGGGGCUCUUCGGGGUGAAAUGUGAAGCCUGCCACCAGUUUAUCACCGGCAAGGUCCUGGAGGCAGGUGACAAACAUUACCACCCUAGCUGUGCACGAUGCAGCAGAUGCAACCAGAUGUUCACAGAAGGAGAGGAAAUGUAUCUUCAAGGUUCUACCGUUUGGCAUCCCGACUGUAAGCGAUCCACCAAGACCGAGGAAAAACUGCGGCCUACCAGGACUUCUUCUGAAAGCAUUUAUUCGAGACCAGGCUCCAGUAUCCCUGGGUCCCCAGGUCAUACUAUCUACGCAAAAGUGGACAACGAAAUCCUGGAUUACAAGGAUUUAGCAGCCAUUCCCAAGGUCAAGGCAAUUUAUGACAUUGAACGUCCAGAUCUUAUUACCUAUGAGCCUUUCUACUCUUCGGGCUAUGAUGACAAACAGGAAAGGCAGAGCCUGGGAGAGUCUCCAAGGACUUUGUCUCCUACUCCAUCAGCAGAAGGGUACCAGGAUGGGCGGGACCGGAUGAUCCACCGGUCCACCAGCCAGGGCUCCAUCAACUCCCCUGUGUACAGCCGUCACAGCUACACUCCAACCACGUCUCGCUCUCCCCAGCAUUUUCACAGACCUGGCAAUGAGCCAUCCAGCGGCCGGAACUCCCCUCUCCCUUAUCGGCCAGACAGCCGCCCUCUCACUCCAACUUACGCUCAGGCCCCUAAACAUUUCCAUGUUCCAGAUCAAGGGAUCAACAUUUACCGAAAACCACCCAUCUACAAACAGCAUGAUGCAGCUGCCUUGGCAGCCCAGAGCAAGUCUUCAGAAGACAUCAUCAAGUUUUCCAAGUUCCCAGCAGCCCAGGCUCCAGACCCCAGCGAGAUACCAAAGAUUGAGACGGACCACUGGCCUGGUCCCCCCUCACUUGCCGCCAUAGGAGCUGACAUGAGACGCAGAUCUAGCGGCAGAGAGGAAGAUGACGAGGAGCUUCUGAGGCGCCGGCAGCUGCAAGAGGAGCAAUUAAUGAAGCUCAACUCGGGCCUGGGCCAGUUGAUACUGAAAGAAGAGAUGGAGAAGGAGAGGGAGAGCCGGGAGAGGUCCUCCCUGGCCGCCGGGCGCUAUGAUUCUUCCAUCAACUCAGCUUCACAUGCUCUAUCAUCGAAAACCUCAUCUCUCCCAGGCUAUGGGAAAAACGGGCUUCACCGGCCUGUUUCUACAGACUUUGCUCAGUACAACAGCUACGGGGAUGUCAGCGGGGGAGUGCGAGACUACCAGACCCUCCCAGAUGGCCACAUGCCUGGAAUGAGGAUGGACCGGGGUGUCUCCAUGCCUAACAUGUUGGAACCAAAGAUAUUUCCAUAUGAAAUGCUGAUGGUGACCAACAGAGGGCGCAGCAAAAUCCUAAGAGACGUGGACAGAACCAGGCUAGAGCGCCACUUAGCCCCAGAAGUGUUUCGGGAAAUCUUUGGAAUGUCCAUCCAGGAUUUUGACAAGUUACCUCUUUGGAGACGCAACGACAUGAAGAAAAAAGCAAAGCUCUUCUGAGUACCCCACAUAGACAGCAAUUAGAAAAAGGACUGACCAUGGCGGUGACACAUAGGAUGUUGUAUUAAGGCCCAAACUUGAUUGGAGAAUUUGCAAACUACUGUCCCUCGGCAACAACCAAAAGGGAAAAUCUGAUUAAAACGCCCAUGAGCCAAAUGUUGGGCCAGCCCAUGGCAACAUUCGCCCAGAAGCAGUGGGGUAGAAAUGUCUGUGUUCCCACACCCUCGACAAUAGUGUUCACGUGUGACCUUUUUCCAUCACCUUAUGUGCACAGCAGGAGCUACUUUCGUUUUCUUUCAACUGUUAUUCGAUAAUAGUGUGACUGUAUGGGUAAGAGCCAGCAAGUGCCCUUAGGAUGCCGCAUGGACAAAAGCAGUUGUAAUGCUUCCAAAGUACUAGUAUAUUUAUUACGUAGCGCCCCGGCUGAGAAGGAAGAGCCCGAGGGAUAGAUCCACGUGGCAGCAGCCUUUGCCCUACCUUUCCUCACUGGCCUCCUGCAGCCCUGCCUGGGCUUCAGCAGGAGGGAAAGCAGAAUCGGGGGCCCCCCGGCAGCUCUGUUGCAAUAGCCACCAAAGUCAUUUUUAACAUGCUCUUUGUCCCCUACUGUUUGCUAGGACCUGAUUGGCAAAUUACUUAGCCUAUUAGUCAAAAGAAAAAAGAAUUAAGAGAAAGAGAGGAAAAAGGAGUGAGUGAAAAUUCUCCUUAAACCCUUUUCUACUUCAGCAAGUGUGCUCCUCCCCACCAAGGACAGGACAUGUCUCAGCCCCGCAGCCCUCCACUCUGACAAAGGAAGGGAAGGGGGAUGGGCUCCAGAUUGGCCCAGUUGUAUAUGCUGUUAGGGGAGUUUUGUCCAAAGGCCACAGCAGUCUUGAUCAAAAACAAAAGCUCUGUCUCCUCUCAGUGCAUGUUCUCCCACCCAGCAAACUCUGCCCUCUAUCCGGCAUAUCCUCUAAAUCACAUCCAGCCCUCGCUGAUUUGGGAUUUUUUUUUAAAGGUCUUUUCAGUAGUAGGCUAAAGAAAGGCAUGUUUUUCUCUUUGAAAUCUCUGCACCUCCGAGGUAGAUUGCCUCAGACUGAUUUAAUUUGGUCUUUUGAGCUUUCUUUCUUGCCGAGCUCUGUUGACUUCCUGGUUGGCACGUGUGUGCUUAUGUGUUUUUCACUCACCCGGGGCAGUUUGGAGGGUCUGCACGUGCUUUUCAAUUCCAUUCCUGCUCAAAUGUUUGUCCCGCUGAGCUGCAGCUCCUCAGGAACGUUUGCACAGGUGCACGUGACUCCAAGGUCAAGAGGGAGGCUAACUGCAUCCCUGCCACCAGGUCCCCUGUGGAAGGGUGUUGGUGGUUAGAAGCCAGCAUAUUCUAUGACAGAUGUAGCUCAAGUCAGCAUCAGACCGAAGACCGCAGACCUAGGAUCAGACUGCGUGUAGACAGCAGAACAUCUCACCAGAGUCCUCAAACUCAGUAACACAAGAUUCACACCGGAGCCGAAGAUGACCCCAAAACUUGGCAUUUGAGACCCCACCAUGGUUCCUGAAAGCCUCUGGCUGAGACUCAGACAGGACGUGAGUCACACGUAGGAGGUUGUCACAUUUAUUCUCAUGCUCUGGGGCUCUGUUUAAGAAUUUAAACUCUAUUUUAAAGCCAAAGAAGAAAACAUCUGAAUUCACCUGCGUAUGCCACUAAUCACAAAAGCUCAGAAAUUCUUCCCGCUGGCACCGAGUAUUAGAAUGAGUUAGUAGCUGACACCAGUUGGUAAAAAGCAAGCAGAAUAUUCUUUCUGACCUUGUGCUGCAGACCUAACUUGUGACACACUCUAGCAACCGGGUGCUGUAGUGAAUACUGCAAUUGCUUUAUAGUAUUCUGUGCGUUUCCCGAGGGAAUCUGAACCGUCCUGACCUUUGCUAGACACUGAAUGUUUGAGGACUGUUCUCACAAAUACGUACGUGUGUGUGUGCGUGUGUUGGACCUACUAACAUAUUUAGCAAAUGGCUCUGAUGAGGUAGAUGUGAGGAGACCAGCUCCUCCUUGGACUGAAGGCAGACUGCAGCCCACAGUGUCGCCCCUUCAUCUAUCCGUUGCCUCUUGCUUCAUUCAGUGCAUCCGCUGUCCCACCUUCUGUGACCUCUCCUGCAUGGGUAGCCUGGGCACGACGCCUGUGUGUCCUAAUCCUUGCUUCGCUCUGGCACAGUGUGAGAGGUGAGGGCCAUGGUGUAGUCCCAAUGUUCCCCUGCCACGACCAAUAACAAGGAUGGCCAAACGUAUCCGAGGGCUCGGCUGGAGGAGAGGUUUUUUUUUUCCAUCGGCUAAUGAGUUAUAAUCCACGUACUUGCAGAUUAAAUGGCAGUGUAAGAAAAAUGGCGAUGAUAGUUAAAGAACUGAGCCCUAAAUUUGCCGCCGCUAAUGAAACUCUACUUUUCUUGUAACUUUUGAAUUCAGUUUUGCAUCCAUCUUGGGAGGGGGGUGGGAAAUAGCUUCUUUCCAUAUCAAGUGUAUGAGCUAAUUUAAACUACACCGUGCAAGAGGGCCUUGCCAGAAAAUGCCAGUAGCUUCCUGGCUGCAAGCAGAGCAGUGCUGUGGUCUAGGGAAGGGGGCGCUGGGAAGGCAGAGUGGGCUUUCCAACCCCACACCCCAGCAGAAGGCUCCAGCCACUGGCAUGGGUCACAGGGCAACCUGAUUCUUCCAACUGCCAAAUUGCAUCAGUGGGCUACAACGCCCUAUGUGUUUUGUUGAACUGGGCUCAGCAUGCUUGUCCCGAAAAUGUCCAGGUCACUACACAGGAAAUCAGUGUUCUCUGCUUGAACCCUGCCCCACAUAAAAAAAUCCAGUUGUUAACACAGUCAAAUUAAUGAGGAUUGUUUACUCUAGGAAAGGAAGUAUACACAUGGUAAGCUUCCCUAGUGCAUACAUAAAGGGCUACAUUUUUGAGCAUUGGGCUUACUAGUGAGUCUUGAAGCAUAGGCUGAUUGCAUGAAGAGGCCUCUAGGAUGACCUGAAAGUCAGUGCUUCCUUUAAAGUUUCUUCCAAAAAAAGCCAGGAUACCAUUUAGUCUUCUGGUGUGAUUUAUGUUGAGAUAUAAAGAGCGUUUGGAAACUUGUCCAGCUCGCUAGGUAUCUACAUUUUGGUUUGGGUUCAUUAUGAAAUGUUCUUAAUGUGACUCCUUCAAUAACAAAAGAUAAACUGCCUGUUCCCUGAAACCUUGAACAGAAAAGCUAGAGACAAUGGGUAAUAAGGUGCAAAGAAAAAAAAAAAAAAAGUAGUUUCUAUCUGUCAUGUCCUCUAGUCUCCCCAGUUCUCCCCAACUCUCCAUUCUGUUGUUUCCAAGCUGAGUUUCCUCUUCCGAGGUGAGGCUGGAACAACACUCUUUUCAACUCCUAUCCCCUCCAUCUGGUGAUGUCAAUCAACUCCACUUGGAAAAGUCUUGCUAGAAAUGUUUCUAAAACUUUCAUCUAAUUUCUUUACACUUUAAAGCAAACACCUUUUUCUAAAGAAUUGCUUCUUAGAUAAUUAUACAAUAUAUAUAUCUAUGCUUUUGCAAGUUUAAAAAUUCAGAUGAACCACUUUUGACUAGGUAGGUCUUUCUAAAAAACUCUUUAAAGCAAACUUGAUGUUAGCGUUCUCUUGCAUGUUGAAGGGGCAGGGGACCCUCCAGGCUGUGGGCUCCCAGAGCCCUCUUUCUGACUGUCAGGAAAGAUGGUGGAAGGAAGAUGAACUCUGUGCCAUCAACCCUUCUGCAUCCUCUGCAGCAAGCUCAGUUUUUACAAAUCACCUCAUCUGUAUUUCCGGUCACUGUUUUAAUCUACUUCCUAGGCCAGCCUUGAUUUUAUCUGGCUUGUAAAAUCAUUUUCCUUUUUAUAAACCAAGUGUUUGUCAGGAUGCCCUAAAACUCACUCAUUAGUACUCCCUUUUGAAGAACGUUCUAUCCAGAAAAAGAGAUCAUUUCAGGCUUGGGGUUCGUAAUGACACCUUGUAGUGGCAAUGUGCGUUAAGGGAACUACCCAAUUAUGUUGUAAUGAAAGAAGGAGAAACUUUGACUCUGGCAUUUUAAAAAAUCACUGUCCUUCUAUUUGCUGCCUGGCGAGUAGUGGGGAGAUGGUGACUGACACGCUUUGCAUAUGGAUCUUUGUAUUUUUCAUUUGGGGCAAGUUUCAUUUAUGGCAAACUCAAAAGGAAAGGGGGAGGUGGUCAGUUUAAGCUGAAAAACUUUCUAAACAAUAUAUGUGUACACAGCAAAAUUAAACCCAGUCUCUUCUGACGCUUAGUGUAAUUGAGUGGCGAUUGUUAUCAUUAAAUAAAAUUCUUCCCAAAAGAGUAUCUCCCAAGAGUGACGAUGCCAUGAGUCGCUUUCUGAGCCCGUUUGCCAAAGGUAGAGGAAAAGACUGCAUCCGCUAACAUUCAGAAAGGCAAUGAGCCACUUAGUGAUUGUAUAUGUGUAUGUUUCUUUACCCUACGGAAGAGAAGACGAAUGUCCGCAGGAUUGGUGUUCUUUUGGGGU